AUGAAAGAAGUUAUCGUUGGCGCCAAUUUUCCAAGAGAUGCUGAAGGAAGAGUGUAUCAUAUCGGCGUAAAGCAAGGCGAUGUUGCCAAUCGUAUAUUGACAGUAGGAGAUCAUGUCAGAGCCAAGAGAAUAGCUCAACUCUUAGAUUCUGAAGAAGAAGCAGGACAUCCUGUAUUUGAAAAGCUGAGUCAAAGAGGAUUCCUGACAAUCACAGGACGAUACAAGGGAGUGCCUGUUUCGAUCAUUGCCAUCGGCAUGGGCAAUUCCAUGAUGGAUUUCUUUGUCCGUGAGACCCGAGCAAGUACAGAAGGCACCUUGGCUAUCGUUCGAUUUGGUUCAUGUGGUUCACUCUCUCAUCUGGCCCCUGCUGGUGCCGUUGUUAUUCCCAAAGCUGGGUUCUGUAUUCGACGUAACUUGGAUUAUUUUGCAAAGGAACCUUUAUACCCUGAAUUAAAGGAUAAACCAUACCUCUUUUCGGGCACAUUCCCCGCAGAUGAAGAAAUGACGCAGCUGCUGUCAAAACAGAUAGAAGACGCCCUGGCCCCUAUUGAAAAAGAUGGUCUGCUGGUUGGUCCUGUGUUAUCAAGCGGUUUGAACGCCGACGGUUGUUCUUUUUACGCAUCUCAAGGAAGAACGGAUAGUAACUUUUGGGACGAUAAUGAAGGUGUCUUGCAAGAGAUUCUCAGUGUUUAUCCCGAAACUCAUUCGAUCGAGAUGGAAACUUCCAUGUUGUUCCAUUUGGCCAACUGUGCUAGUAAACCUAUUAGAGCAGCGGGAUGUAUGCAAGUCUUUGCUGACCGUAUAGCCAAUAAUUUCAUUCGACCUGAAAUAGUCGCUGUUUUGGAACCAGCUGUGGGUAAAGCUUGCUUGGAGGCAUUGAUCAAAGUACAAAUUGAAGAUGAAAUGGAUCCAGUGGGAACUGUUUGGGAACCAAAAAAAUAA